AUGACGUCCAGGCCGCAGCCACGUCGUCGAGUGGUCAUCAAGAGGAAGGUGUCGUCCUCAACCUACGAAAGACACAAGGCAAAGAUGGAAAAUUUGGGUCUGGACCCAUCUGACCCAUUGCCACCACAAUCAGAACAAUUUGUGGACGUGGCAGAGGAGGAGCUUGACGCGCCGGAUCCGGAGUUGUGCCGGCCCUGGAUUCUGGAUGAGUCCUGCCAACAGUUCGCCAAAGAUGGCGCCAGCCGGUCGUGGCGUGCGGAUGUCCAUAUCUUCGCCGGGCGGUCCUACUGUGUCAAGGAAAGGAAGACAGUGAGUCUGAAGACACGUACUUUGGAAGAGCAGAUAGUGGCCAAGAGGUACGAUCGCGCCCUCGAGCGUUUUGCGCAGCAGCAAGAAGAGUGGGAAAAGUUCCGGCAUCAUGCUUCUCGCAAGACCGGCAGGGACAAGGAAGAGCUCGUUGUGACACGGGCAGAGGAGUACAGAGAGCGGCUGGAGGUGAUGGAGCUGCUGGAUCGUGCAACGCCAGAGGAAAUCAAGAGCGGUGGUUUCAACUGGUACCAUUCUCUUCGCGGAGAGGGGACACGCUUCAUUCAGGUUGGCAAUAUGUUCUCUGGACUGUACUUGCCCAUGAAGUUGCACAAGGAGAACUUUGUACACGAAAUCAUCAGGAAGCCCCUGCUCGUGGACCUGACGACGGCAAGGCACACGGCAGAAGCGAGCGGCAAGAAGAAGCCUCGAUCGUGGCGGGAUGAUGAGUGCCCCGCUUUGGGCAAAAUGUCCAGGGCAUCUCGGAGCGCUGCACUGAGGUACUUGCUGGCCAGGAUCCGGAAGUACGGAGCAAAGAUGAAGGAGAGUAGCGGCAAAAUGGGUGAAGCCGAAAUCUACCUUUCACGUGAGAUUGCAGAGGAGAUGGCACCAGGACAGCUCGAAUAUGACGAGAUAAUGGUUAAGGCGCUGCGGCCUGUAGAGGCUGAGAUGCAAGAAGGCAUGGUGGAGGAAGAUCUUAUGGCAGCUCUGCUGGAAGAGGGUGCUGCUGACAACACCAUGCCGCUCGAGCAGGAGCCUUUGGCAAGCGCUGCCUUCGUGGCACCCAUUGAAGGUCCAAAUGCCGAGGUGACUCCGGCUCGGUUGCACUUUCAGGCAGAUGCCAAGACGACCUGCACGAGGACUAUUCGCCUCAGAAAUACUGGCUCGGCUGCGAUCCAGUUCGAGUGGGUGCAGAACGCUCCGCAGCAAGGUUUUCAGGAGAGUCUGCUGCCGCAAGAUCCAAACCAACACUUCACCUGCCACCAGACUUCAGGGCGAGUGCUUCCGGGUGAGGAUGUGCAGACCAUGUUCUCGUUCACCUCCCCUGCUCCGGGCACCUUUCAGAGCUCUUGGCGGCUCCAAACCUACCCACAGCUUUUCGAGCCCAUUGCAGAAUUGGCGAUGAACGGUUCAGCGACAAUCGGAGACGUGCACUGGGAGCGGAGAGAGGCUCUGCAAGCGCACAUGGUCAAGGAGCAGACCAUCAGCCUGGCUUCAGAGCUUGCCGAAGACAUCGUUGCAUCUGCGGUCACUGACGGCUGGAAGCUUCUUCCGCCGCCGCUGCCGGAUCUCAGCCAGCCCUCAGUGCAGGAGAGGCUCUUUGAAGAAGUGAAUGGCGCAGAUGGCUUGUUCUGGUCACACAAUGCCUGGACGAUCUUCUCCGAGCUGCGAGAAAAGGUCGAGCGAGCUUCACCUUCUGACAUCCCGGCCGACAGAGGUCCGGCCGAAGUCAGCUUCGAGCCUCCACCUGGGGCACGCGGGCACCGGCCGGUGCCGAAGGUCGAGGCUCCGCCACCAGAGGCUUUGACGCCGGUGGAGCGGCUGGAGGUCCCCUCCCUCAGAAGGAUGCAGGCCCAGCUUGACAGGCUGCCCAAUCCGGAACCCGAUGAGUAUGGCCAGGUCCCCAGGACGGCAAAGACUGAGCUUCAGUUCGAGCUCGAUCGAGCCGCCCGCUGGGCGAGGUGUCGCCCUCUAGAGCGCUCGCCGCUUUGGUGGCUUGCUUACGAGACCAUCCUGGAAAUCGCUUCCGUCCUCCCGGACAAAUGGGCAGCAACGCGUCAGCGAAAUGGGCUGGAGCCUCUGCCGUUUCUGACACCGCCUGACGAUGAUGCUGCUCCAGAUGAAGUUGAGGAGUACAAUCAGAAACUCGAGGACCGAAAGGCCAAACUGGCACCAGAAGAGAAGGAGGCUGAAGUUCGCGAAAUCUUCUGCCGCGGGUUCAUGAAGAACAAGUUUGGACCUGCCUGCUCGCGAUUUGAGGUAGUCGCGAAGGAGGCAACUGUAACGGCUCGUAUCUCGCACGCUGGUGGCCUGACGUUGGCAGACAGACUGCGGCCAUACCUGGGUCAAGCCGCUGCAGAGGCACCUGAGGGAGACGAGCUCGAGGAAGGAGAGGAGGCUCAAGUCGAAACCCAGGACUUUGGAGAUGGACUUCUCGUGACAAUGGCUGCCAUCGAAACCGAAUUGUCUGAUUUCGUGGAGACCAUGCAAUUGCCGAUUCGAGCGUCAGCUGCUGAGGAGGAAGCGGCAAGAGCAGAGCUGGAAGAGCUCGGAAAGCCAGCCGUGGACGAGGAUGGCAAAGAAACCAUCCCAGCUCCACUACUCAUAGUUCUUGGCGGCGGCUCCAACGCAGAGAAUCAAGAGGAGGUCCUCCUGAAAAAGCUGGAGCUGCUUAUAGGGCUCUCACGCUUCGCGGAGCAUGAGAAGGGUGGCGUGCACGUCUACAUUGGGGGCGCGCUCGCGAGCUACGUGUUGUCAGGUGUCCUCGGCAUGUCGAUGGGCCCCAGCUCCCUUAAUGAUGGUGCGAUCAAAGCGUCGCUCAAGGAGGCUCUUCUGGAAGUGAUGAGGUUGGGCAUUUCGAUUUCGUUGCCCCUUGAUCUUGUGUGCGAGGAGGUCGCCCACGAGGCCAAAGAUGGAGAGGAGCCCGGUGAUCCUCAGGAUGCAGGCACUGGACACGCAGCAUCGCUUGCGGCUGCAUGGCGACAAGUCGCCAGCACGCCGCUUUUCCUUGGAUAUUCUGAUUGGGCAGGGAAAUGCCCACCCAACUUUUUGAUGCCUGGCCUCCCGCGGCUUGAAACACCGGUGCGGGUACAGACCUCUGCACUGGCUGAUGGCCAAUAUUCUCCGGGGGUGAUUCCUCCGUUGGCACUUAGUCCUCGAACUUCUCUUGGCCCUCUGAGUCCCCUGGGCGACGGCAAGCGCCAACCCAAGCGGAGCUUGCUGCAGCAACGGAAGCAACGCCUUGGCAACUUGCAGCUGGACACAUCCUGUAAUGGUAACCUUUCAGCCUUGAAUCAACAUGAUGGGCUGAAGGCGAGAUACAUUGUCCACGAGUCUCUGGGCCAAGGAUCUAUGGGCACCGUUUACCGUGGGACUCGAAGGUCCGACCAAAGAGAGGUUGCCUUGAAAGCCAUGCAGGCGCUCGAUGAAGAGAUGACGGAACUGCUAAAGCAAGAAUUUAAGAUUCUGCGGAAGCUGUCCCAUCCUCACGUAAUCGAGGCUUUGGAUUUCUUUGUUGCCGACGAUCAGGCAGUGCUGGUCCUAGAGCUCUUUGAAGGUUUGCCGCUAUCAACUGCUGCCAGAUCGACGCCCUGCGCACUUCCAGAGUGUGUCGGGCAGCGUCUAUUUAAGCAGCUGACUCUGGCCAUUGAUUACCUGCACCACCGCCAAAUUAUCCAUCGAGACAUCAAGGGAGAAAAUGUACUGGUCAGCCAGAACUUGAUGGAUCUACGGCUUAUUGAUUUCAACAGUGCUAGGUGUCUGCUGGAAGGAGGCUCCCUGACUAAUGCUGGCACGCAGGAAUAUGCAUCGCCGGAAGUUUGCAGAGGUGAGCCGCAUUCUGCGAGCAGUGAUAUCUGGUGCGCCGGUCUUUGCCUUUAUGUCAUGUUGGCAGGGCACCUUCCACGCAGGGGACACCAGUAUAAGAGUUUCGAGGCCUUCAAACAAGCUGUUUCAACGGAAGCUGUGGUGUUGAAGGGCCGCAUCGAGAGAGGCAAACGACACACAGUUCAAUCCAGACUGCCCGUGGUCUUCAAGGGCGAGGCUUGGAACGAGGUGAGUGCUACAUCUCAGUGGACACGCAGCACGGCACCCUUCAUCUUCAAAAGUGCGAGUUGGCCAGGACAGCCUCCACAUGUUGAAGGGGUCGAAGACCUCCCCGAAGAAGAAGCCGGAGAUACCGAGGCUGGCGAGGUUGCAGCAAACGCCAGUGGCAUUCCUGAAUUCUGGAUGGUGCGGGACAUCGGUCCUGCAGCGGUGGAACAGCUCAGGAUGCUCCUGAGACGAAGCCGUGGUGCAAUCUGGAAUGGAGCCCUGGGCUGCCACGAGGAUGCGCGCUGGCAGAAGGGCACGCAAGAGCUCAUCAACCUAGUCGAGGGACGCUUAACCGGCGCCGGCGAGGCUGAGGAGGAAGAUGAUGAAGACGAAGAAGACGAAGAGGAAGAUGAGGAAGGUGACGAAGACGGCGAUGAAGACGGAGAAGCAAAGCCAAGGAAAGAGCCGAAGCUACCGAAAGAACGCCCAGCGGAAUUUCUAGAAAUGCUAGGACGAAAUGCGUUGCUCUUCAUCGCAUUGCAGUUUGGCUCUCGAUUUGCAAAUUCUUUCUUGGUAACCGCUGCCAGGUAUGAGUUGCUCGAGGCGGGUGGCGUCAUGCAGUUUGCUGGAGCCCAAGUGGCAACCAGCCUAGCUCGCAUGGUUGUGUCGCAGAUCGCUGGCCUUCUAACGGACAACUUUGCCCUGAAGAAAAUGUACGUCGCGACGGAGGUAUGCAACUUGGUCCUGGCUCUAGCGAUGCUCGCAAGUGGCCAUGCAUCUGGUAGCGUGCUCUUCAUUCUGAACAUAGGCUUGGGUUUGCUCUACUCCUUCUCACAGCCGGUGACCAAAUCCAUGCCGCCGGCUGUAACUCCUUCGCGUGAGGAUCUUGCUGUCAUCAAUGGGUGGGAUCUGACCUGUGACAAGGUGGGCCGAUAUUUGGCACCGUUUGCCUAUGCCAUGGCGUCUUCCAGCCAUGGGUUUGGCUUUGCAGUGCUGCUCAGUUGCUUCCUGUACGGCGUCUUGGCCGUGCUGCGAACGUGCGUUGUCGUGGUUGAGCCCCCGCGAGAACCUUCCAAAAUGGGCUCCAAAGCAACUGUUCGCGACAAGUUGGGGCGUCUUUUUCAACAGAUCGCAGAUGGCGUCAUGUCACUGCGGCGGGACUCCGUGUUGCGUCUUCUCAUUCUGAACACAUUAGUGACAAAUGUUUUCCUUUAUCCUCUGAAUUCUGUACAUUUUCCGGUGCUCUUCAAGCGGGUCGCCGAAGUCGGGGGAGAACAUUCUGUGGUGGAUGGCUUGCUGCAGGGAGCCAUGAGCUUCCUGAACAUCAAGAAGAAGGACAUGUGGAGAAACUACAGCGCGUUGGUUUCUCUCGGCGGUGUCGUAGGCCCUUUCCUGUCAAACGCUCUGAUCUACAUGUUGGAGUCCUACUCCGCCAGCCAGAAGUCCUGCAGACUCUGGGUCGGCAUCAACUUCGGGGUUGCCGGGCAAGUCGCCACGAUGGCUCUCCUGGCCCUCAUGGUGUCUUUCAGUGGAUCCGUGGGCACUGGUUUGCUGGUUUUCAACCUCGUGAGUGCGUGGGUUGUCACUAUCUCUGUCAACAACAUCGUCACCACAUAUUUCAACUCGAUCUCGCAAGAGCGGCUGCAGCAAAAUGAGCGGGGCCGUUUCAUUGCGAACAUCAUGACAGUUUUCACGCUGGGAAGUUCUCUCGGUACACUCAUCUUCGGUUCUAUCUCCACGCUGCCCGCUGGCCCUUGGCCCAAGCUCAAGCAGUAUGCCGCCCCAGACGGAGCUGAGCUUCAAGAACCCCAGCAGUUCCUGGACUCCGACGCCCUGCGCUUGUCACUGGAGGCCACCCCCUCGGCGAACUCGCGCAAGCGAAAGGCCGAUGAGGCGCAGGUUCUCGAAACCGGGGAGACGGUAGCCAUAAAGUCGAUCCGUAUGCAGGACAAGGAUCGGGAGGUCCAGAUUCUGAAGGAGCUGGACGGGCACCCGAACAUCGUGACUCUGCACGGUGCAUUCCUCAGCGACGAGGGCACCGCGACUAACGGUGGCACCAGGCUCAAUCUGGUGCUGGAGUAUCUUUCUGAUACUCUGCACCGUGUGAUCAAGCACUACAACACGACAAACAGCAAGAUGGACGCUUUCUAUGUGAAGCUGUACCAGUUUCAGCUCAUGCGAGGCCUUGCCUUCGUCCAUGGUCGUGGUAUCGCACACUGUGACUUGAAGCCGCAGAACCUGCUGCUGGAUGGUAAAUCGCAGACCCUUAAGAUCUGCGAUUUCGGCACCGCGAAGCGCAUGGUUUUCGGGGAACAGGGACGAGCUUAUAUGGUCUCUCGGUACUACCGUGCUCCCGAGCUGAUUCUGGGAGCCACCCAGUUCAGCACAAGCGUGGACCUUUGGUCUGCAGGAUGCGUCUUUGCAGAGCUGAUCCUGGGUCAACCGCUGUUCACGGGCAAAGAUGGUAUCGAUCAGCUCGUGCAAAUCGUUAAAGUUCUCGGAACUCCUUCUACGCAACAGUUGCGCUGCCGCCUUGGUGCAAAGUUGGUAGACAGAUGUAAUAAUUCCACGAAGAUGUACGAAGAUUUGAGGAGUACUAUGAGUACUUAA